GACAGGAAGAGGAAGCGAGACUUAGAUUUGGACCAAAUUUUGAAGCAGGAGGUUCUUCACAUUUUCACCACCCCCAGCAGGGAGGAGGAAGUAGCUCCCAUUAUGUUCCACCUUUUAAUUAUGAACAUAUUUGGAAUCCUCCUCCUCAACAAGCACCACAACAAGAAGUUCAUGAUCGACCCUUAUUCGGUUAAUAAUUUGUUAUUUACCAUAAAUAUUUAUUUAUAA